CCGACCUUCGAACACAUCAUUGCGAAGCUUGACAUUAGUACAAAACAUAAACAUGUAUAAGUAUACAAGUGUGUGCGUGUGGACGUGAGUUUUCUCUUUUUCUCUCUCUCUCUCUCUCUAUCUCUCUCUCCCUCGGCUGGUGCCAUCGGUGGAAGUGCUUCGUCGUGACGUUUCGCACGCCGCCGUGUAAUAUUGCCCGACGGGGGCAAUCGCGAGGACAACGCGAUGAUUCGCUUUAAUUUGCUGCGCUACGGGAGGAGGAGGUUGACGACUACGCGGUGGCAGACCGACAAACCAAUGAAGACGAAUCUCCAGUUGCUAAUAUACUUUGGAGGAAACAGCAACGUGAUAUGAUAUUAUGAAAGUUAACGUCGAGUCUUGCAAAAAAUGGAUUCCAACAUUUGGAGUAUUUAUGCUGCUCAUUCAGGUAGGUAUAAACCUUGGAUGGCCUUCUCCAAAUCUAGUGAAGCUUACGGCACCUAAUUCAACGAUCCCGGUAACAGCGUCGGAAGCUUCCUGGGUCAUAUCUUCUGCUCGUCUUGGAGGAUUUGCAGGUGCGAUCGUAGCUUUAAUUUGUGUCGCUUUUGUCGGUAGCAAGAAAACUAUUCUUUUAACAUUGGCUAUUAUUAGUACUUCGUGGGCAUGCGUGAUAAUAGCUAACUCUGUUGAUUGGUUGUACACUUCUCGAUUUUUGAGUGGACUCACACAGAGCACGACCUUCAGUAGCUUUCCUCUCUAUUUGGGUGAAGUAUCACCGCCAAAAAUUCGCGGAGCUCUAAUGUGUCUAUCCAUGGUUGGCGCGCCUGUAGGUAUAUUUUUUGGCACUAUAGCAGAGUCAUACUUAUCUAUGAAAAUAUCCAGUUCAAUAUACCUGGCUCUAUGUUGGAUAGCGAUGAUCAUAUUUAUAUGGCUUCCGGAUUCGCCUUAUCACUUAGUGAAGACGGGUGAUCAUAAAUGCGCAAGGAAAUCAAUCAACUGGUAUUUCAGCAAUUGCGACGUAGAUAAGGAACUCGACGAGAUCAGAAAUUUCGUGGAAGCUAAUAUUGGACAAAGCAUGAAAGAACAGUUAUACGAAUUAAAUUCUCCACAUAUCAGAAAAUCCUUGUUUGUGCUAUUAACAUUGUACAUAUUGUCAGAGCUGUGUGGCGCGGUUAAUCUCCUCGCUUACAUGGAGAUUAUUUUAAUCCAUGCGAAGUGCAACUUCGUAUCACCCAAAGUGUUCGUUAUAUUCGCCAGUUCUUCUGGGAUAUUCAUGAUCGGUUUAACCAUGAAACUAAUAGAAAAAUGUGGCAGAAGAUUCCUCAUGAUGAUAUCGAGUAUCGGUACCAGUUUGGGAAUGGUAGGAUUGGCAACGCACUUCUGCCUUUUGAAUGCUAACGUAGAUCCAGUGGUAAUACAGUGGUUACCGUUUAUUUCUAUAAUGUUAUUUUUGAUGACAUUCGCAAUCGGAUACAGUUGCGUCCCACACACAGUAUUGGGCGAACUGUUUCCUGAUAAUGCCAAAAACGUAGCGGCAUUUUUAGCAACUCUGACAGCUUCAAUAUUUGGCUUUGUAAUUACGAAGGCUUAUCAGCCUAUGGUAGAUUUUAUGGGCGAAGCAUUUGUAUUUUGGAUUCAUGCAGGAUUUUCAAUAAUGGCAGUUCCGUGUAUAGUCUUCCUGAUGCCCGAAACAAAAGGAAAAACGUUUUUGGAAAUCCAAAAUUUACUCGUCAAGAAAAAAGAUGCUCUGUCAGUGGAAACGAACAUUCCGUACUUGAACAAAGUGGAAAUGAUAACAGAACUGUAGAACAGUGCGAUGUAUUGUGAUUAUUCUUAAUUUAAGAAAAAUACUCAACGAAUGUUUGAUUAUAAAUACACGUAUGUUUUGGAAAAUAUUUAUAAAGCGAAGUCUGUCUAGUCAAUUUCCGUACAAUGAUUACUUCGAAGCAGUUUGUAACACUUUAUCUACGAAGCAAAUGCAAUUGGUAAACGUUGCGAUUAGUAAAUUCUGUAAAACAAUUAGAUCAAUAAAAAUCACCACUGCUUCCUCGCCUAACCACAAA